GAGGGAGGAGCUACAGUAGGAAGUGUGCUUGUGUGUGUGUAUGUGUGUGUGUGUGACACUGCUAGUGUGUGAGAGAGGGGGAAAAAGCUCUGUCCUCUGCUGUGUCCUACAGCCAGCACUAUACAUACACUGCAGCCACUACAGCUAACUAGCAACACUCACACUGUAUACACUGAGUGUGUCUGUAGGACCAUGUACACACACUGCACAGCUACACAGAGCUAGCCAGGCAUACUCAGUGUGUACUGUCACACAGCCAGACUGUUAACACAUAUGUGUACUACUUCAAAUACUCACACAUAUACAGAGACAGACAGUGUGUAGACCAGAGUGACACUGGACCCUAGGAAUCCACACAGCGGAAUGACAACAGGACCCUGACGAUGCACUCACACUUUUCCUAUGUCCUGUGCAGGGCUCCUUUACAGCAUGUCUUCCCGUGACAGACGCCCUGAUUUGUGCAUCAAGGCGGAACCAGGGACACCAGAAAGUAUUGGGCGCCGGAGUCCAAGUGGAUCUAGUGACAGCAGUGGGCAUGGGCCUGACCUCCAAGGACCUCGAUGUUGCAGAGGAGGUGAAGAGGAGCAGGAUGAUACCCCUGGAAGGGGCAAAUAUGUUCUCAACUCAAUUCCUAAGCGUCUGUGUCUGGUGUGUGGAGACGUAGCAUCAGGAUAUCAUUACGGAGUAGCGUCAUGUGAAGCAUGCAAGGCCUUCUUUAAGAGAACUAUUCAAGGUAACAUUGAAUACAGUUGUCCAGCCAGCAAUGAGUGUGAAAUUACCAAAAGGCGCAGAAAGGCUUGUCAAGCAUGUCGAUUUACAAAGUGCCUCCGUGUAGGCAUGCUUAAGGAAGGAGUACGUUUGGAUCGUGUAAGAGGUGGUCGUCAAAAAUACAAAAGGAGGCCCGAAGGAGAUAUUAUGCAAUAUACCCCAGGAGGACAUGUCCAGCAAGGUCCAGCAAAUAUGGUGAAGAAGCAAGUUCCUAUGAACGCAGUUGUGUCACACUUGCUGGUUGCGGAGCCAGACAAGCUGUUUGCAAUGCCAGACCCAGCGCUUCCUGAUGGCUAUCUGAAAUCAAUGAGCACACUUUGUGACCUUGCAGACCGAGAGAUUGUCAUAAUAAUCAGUUGGGCAAAAAACAUCCCAGGAUUCUCCUCCCUUUCACUUUCCGAUCAGAUGAGCCUCCUACAGAGUGUGUGGAUGGAGGUCCUUCUCCUUGGGGUUGUGUUCCGCUCACUACCUUAUGAAGAUGAAGUAGUAUUUGCAGAGGAUUUUGUGUUGGACGAGGAGUCCUCACGCUCCGUUCGUCUCUCUGACCUCUGCUCCUGUAUUUUGCACCUUGUUAGAAAGUACCGAGCUCUGAGAGUGGAGAGGGAGGAGUAUGUCAUGCUGAAAGCACUCACACUCACAAAUUCAGAUUCUGUGCACAUCGAAGACCCAGAUGCAGUUCUCCGUCUCAGAGAUACUCUACAAGAGGCCCUCAAUGAGUACGAGUCAAGUCAUCACCCAGAGGAAGCUUGUAGGGAUGGGAAGUUGCUUCUAACACUCCCGCUAUUGCGCCAAACGGCAGGCCGUGUUCUCCAACAUUUCCACGCUCUAAGAGAGGAGGGUACUGUACCCAUGCACAAGCUUUUUCUGGAGAUGUUAGAAGCGAUGAUGGACUAGACUGGAGUAUAGUCCUCCUCUAUAAAACAUCUCUAAUUGGUCAUCGGGGGAGGGAGGGUGUUACUGUAACAAGACAUGGAAGGCGACACUAAGACUAAUAAGACUCCGGCAGCUCUUCUGUACAGAUUUUACCUGUAAGUUAUAAUGGACUCACACAUGACGUACAUGUGUUCUAUUACGGGAACUGGGGCCGGACAAGGUAGCAAGAUGAAUAAAGUGACUGGCUCCAAAUUAAGCCAUAUGUGGGGUGGAAUAAUCUCCCAGAAGAAAAAUAAAAACUUUUCUGUACAAAUUAAAAAAGAAAAGAUGCAUACUCCUCUGAAAAUAUAGACUAAGAGCUGUUCAUCCCUUAGAUGUAUUGUUGAGCCAUAGUCUACCCCUCCAUAUGUAAUGGGACAAAAAAAAAAAUAUUCUGAAAAGUUAUUCUGGUGCACUCUCUUACUGGUUUCUUUUAUUGUGUGAAACUUAAUGACAGUAAUAAUUAUUAUUUUUAAAAUACAUUUAAAAUUUGCUCCAAUAAUGUAUAAAGUGAAAAUAUGUGGAAAUGAAAUUACCCUUGGAUCUAGGGUGGCCCACUAAACAAACACUAACAUCUUAGUGGUUAAUUCCCAGCACUAUGUUCGUAGACUGAAGUCAGUAACACACUAACCACAAGGUGUCACUACUUUACUUUGUUCCAAGGAAUGCAAUAAACGCAAAAGCCACCAGGUGAUGCUGCUUUAAUCAGUCUGUAAACCCAGCGAGUAUCUAUUUACUGGGUAUUAUGUGUUUUUAGGAGAAUGAGUAUCAUUUUGCUUAAUCAGAUUUGGCUUUGUGUUAUGUUUAUGGGCCUAAUUUUACUUUUGUGUGAUGAAAAAUGAAAAGGGGGGGUGGGAAGAGUAUGAGAAAGUAGAUUUAAAAAAAAUAAAAAAAGGGUACAGACCACGUCUUUUUCCCCAGAGACCUACAGAAAGUGUGUUCCAUCUGUCUUUUCUGUGCAUUGUAGACUGUUAACCCUCCCUGUUUAGUGCUGCACUGCAUUUUGUACCCUUUUCUGUCUAUGUACUAUUAUCUUGGCUGUACUCUGAUCCUUAUAUCCCCUGUCUCACUGCCUCGAUGGUCAUUGGUUUUGCACUUUUCUUCCUCUGUAUUCCCACAGCAUCCAGUUCUUAAUGCAGCUAUAGUCUUGAUCUCUGGGUUCUCACCCUCCUGUAUAUAACAUAGAAUAAUGUGCAUAUGUAAUAUACCUCAUUGCCUAUAAAUAUAUAUACAGAUCCUUGUAUACAAAUAUGGCUCAGUGGAGCCUGGAUUGCAAUAAAUAUCAGGGAGAUUUAA